CUACAGUACUAGACCAGAGCAGAGCCGAGCUGUCUCGUUGAGAGAUUCCGUGCAGUGAGAGGCCUUGCUUGUCACGCCCUGUCGUCACCAGUCACUUUCUAGUCCAAACCACUGACCGCUGACCACUGUCCGUUUCCUAUUGACCGCUCUUCUCGCUUCGUUAAUUGCUUCAUGCUGGUCGGCGGCUCCCGUUUUCGCUGCACGGCCUGCAGUUGUCGCAGGCUAUCGACACGUGCGAUUGCGUCGCAUGCUGGUCGCUCGUCGCUCGUCGCCUGCAGUUGACGGCUCGUGACAGCUCGUCGCAAUCGUUCUCAGACAGCCUGCUAUUCCAAACUCGGCUCUAUUCCAGCUGUACUUUUCCAAAGGAUCACACUGCGGCCAGUUGGAUCCCAGUAUCGAAUUGACCUCCGUCGUCAUCACAAUGGCGAAUCAGCCAAUCGGGGCCUGCCAUCAAACCGCUCGUCAAAAUGGCCUCGCUUCUGCUUCGCUCUUACAACAUCCAUUCCAUCACCCUUCGCAUCUUUUCCCCCGGCCUCUUUCCCGUCGUUAUCGCGUGGCGUUUCCCAUUCGGAGUCGCAGACGCCGUCGUCGUCGUUUUCAGUUUGUGUCGCACGGGGUAGUCGCCAGCUCAGAGCGUAGUCGUCGCACACCCCCGGCGAUCGCCGCUCUGUGACCCGCGAAGUCAAUAGCAAGAGAGGCUCACUCACUCGCUGCCGUCACUUCGUCUUAAGAUCAGGAGCGACUAACUCGACCCUCAUUCUCGCAAAUCCUGCUGCUCUUUCUGACGGCGGCUGUUUGCCUGCUGCUGCUGCAGUCCUGUCGUUGCCCUGGUUUCUCCGUAGCUCCUGUGUCUCACGGCUCGCGUAUGAGAAAUCCGCUCGGAGUCGAGCUAAGUCGUCUUUCUAGCUGCUUCUCGACUCGGAGUCAACUUCUCUCCAACCUUCUUUCGAACCGUCUUCUGCACACCUUCCUUCCCCGCCUUCGAAAAUUGCACCGUUACUCAACCAGCACGGUGCAGCGAUAACCUUUACUACUGGCGUCUCGCUCGUCUUCUCGCUCAUCUUCUCGCUCGUUUUCUCUCCCCAAUUUAUCGUAGCGUCGUAGGACGACCGAUCCCUCACGAUCAGUGCUGACGUGGCACCAUGUCAUCCGUGUGCGCGCUUGACGUGGAGGCCCUCAGGAAAGCGAGGACCCGGGCGUCUGCUGCGUCAGCAUCGACCAAAUCACCACGUGGCUUGUAUGAUGGAGUGAAUGCGCUCCUAAGUGACAGAGGAGGGACAGGUGGCGAUCGAAGAUUGGCUCUGGGAAAGGUGGAGGCCGGAAGUGGCAGCGGUUAUACUCAUUAUAAUGGUCAGCGUUAUCAGCCUGGCGGUCAGUCUCCUUCAAAGCUUGUUGGCCAGCGUUUUGAGGCUGGUGGUGAGCACUUUGCUCCUGGAAAGCGCUUCUCUGCUUCUGAGGCAAGAAGAUGGAAAGGAGGAUCACUGUUGCCGCUCCCUGAGUAUGGUGCUGACGGUGAUUGUGGUGGUGGCAGUGGUGGCAGUGGUCGUGGUGGUGUUGGUGAUGAUGGUGAGAAUAACAAUCUGGAAGAGGAUUUAUCGGAGCAGCACAGGAGCAGCAGCAACAAGAGCAGCAGCAGCAACAAGAGCAGCAGCAGCAACAAGAGUAUAGACUGCGGUGCAAGCGACUCCAGUGACACAGGCGAUUCUGGCAGCACUGGCACCAGCAGCAGCAGCAGCACCGGCACCAACAGCAGAACCAGCACCAGCAGUGGAAGCGCCGGUGACAACGCAGAGGGAUUCGAUCAAGACGGCAAUGGCUGCAUAUUUGUGUGUAUUCCGAAGCGGCGCUCUGGGGAUGUGAAGCCAACCAUUGCAGGGAAAUUGAAAGAUACCAUUUUCAAUGCUUCUGAAUCGCCUGAUCCUUGUGGUGGCUCCGAUGCUUCAGAGUGGGCCCAUCACCACAGCAAGACGUGGGACGCCCAUGUUCAGAGCAUGGUUACCACCGCCUGUUACACCAUCACCAUCGACCACCUCUCCUACUCCAUACCCGCUCCUGCAUCCUCCUCCCUCGCGUUCCUCACUCAGACACUCUCCCCAUGGUUUCCACUGCUGCCUUCUUCUAGAACCAAUGCUGCCGGUGUUGACCAGACUGGUAGUCUGACUGCUGGUACUUGUGUUACUAGUGACCCUGAUGGCGCUGGUGCUGCUCAUGGCACUGCUGGUGCUCUGCACCCUCCUGCUUCUGCUUUCCUCCCUUCUGCAGCGCCCGCCUUAGUAAGAGGAGGAUCAGCAGCCAAAGCUGAAGCAACACAGGGCUCCGAAUCCUCCUCCUCUGCACGUCCGUUCCUCCCCCUGCUGGUGGACGUGACUGCAGUGGCGCGCCCUGGGCAGGUGCUGGCAGUGGCGGGGCCGAGUGGCGCUGGCAAGUCAACGCUGCUGGACUGCAUCGGAGGGAGGAUUCAGGGCGGGAGGCUGAAGGGAGAUAUCCUGGUGAAUGGGCAGAGGAUGAGCGCGGGCGAACUGAGAAGAAUCUCAGGCUACGUGCAGCAGGACGAUGCUCUCUUCCCGCACCUCACCCCGCGCGAGUCGCUCCUCUUCUCCGCCCAUCUGCGCCUGCCCUCCUCCCUGCCCCUCGCCGACAAGCUCGCUCGAGUCGAUGCCCUCCUGGCGACUCUUGGCUUGCAGUCUGUCGCCCACACCCGAAUCGGCAGCACCAGUGCCGGCAGCAGCAGUGGAAGAGGGCUCUCUGGGGGAGAAAGAAGGCGUGUAUCAAUAGGCAUGGAUAUAGUGCACAAUCCGGCAGUGGUGCUGUUGGAUGAACCCACCAGUGGGCUGGACAGCGCUGCUGCUGCCAACGUGCUGGGCGUGCUGAGGGGCAUGGCGAAGGAGGGAGGGAGGACCGUGGUGCUCUCCAUACACCAGCCCAGCUUCCGCAUUCUGGAGCUCAUAGAUUCCAUCCUGCUGCUCUCCCGAGGCUCCGUGGUUCACUUCGGCCCUCUCUCCCUUCUCGAGGCUCGCCUCGCGGCUGCUGGCUGCACUGUGCCCAUGCGAGUCAACGCGCUUGAGUUUGCCAUGGAAGGCAUGGGGACCAGCAGCGGUACACUGUGGAAGCACCUUCAGCAGCAGCAGCAAAUGGCAGCAGACGGGGGUGUGUGUUUCCAGCGCAAAGACGAGGCGUGCUCUGCUGGCGGUAUGGAUGGCUCACGCCAUGCAGACACUGCUGCUGCGAGCAUCAGCAUCAUUGGUGGCCGCAAGAAGUGCUCAGCUUAUGGUGAUGGUGAUGGUGAUGGUGAUGGUGAUGGUGAUGGUGAUGGUGAUGGUGAUGGUGAUGGCAGUGGUUAUGCGGAUGUGGCCGGGGGUGAAAUGUUUGUCGAGCUGCCUCUUUCCUCAUCGUCGCCACUUUCACUACCAUCAGCACCAUCAGCAGCAUAUGAAGCAGGCCUCCGUGGUUCGUCGCACGCUGUGACGAUGCUAGCGAAUGGAAGGGAUGGCAGCUGCUGGCAAACACCAUAUCCUGCUUCUGCUUUCAAGUGCGUCGACCAAGAGAACGUGCAAGAAGAAGAGAUAGACGGCAAAGACAGGAGCAGUAACAAAAGCAGCAGCAGCAGCAACAGCAGCAGCAGCUGUAGUGGCAACGGUGCCAAUGGGAGCAGCAAUGGGGGCAGCAAUGGCGGCAGUGAUUUAUCUUCUCUCCUACCUCAGUAUGCCACAUCUCCCUUGCACGAGAUCUGGUGGCUCAGCUGCCGGAACUUCAAGAACAUGGCCAGGACGCCUGAGCUCUGUCUAGGAAGGGCCUCUCAGGUCGCCUUCACUGCUCUGUGCCUGGGGACUCUGUUUCUGUGCCUCCCGUCCAACCCUCAGGGGAUCGAGGAGCGCAUGGGGUUCUUUGCCUUCUCCCUCGCCUUCCUGCUCACCUCUUCAGUCGAGGCCUUGCCCGUGUUUCUUGAGGAGCGCCAAAUCUUUCUCCGAGAGACUUCAAGAGGAGCCUACCGCAUCUCCUCAUACGCCAUCGCCAGUGUGGCGGUCUUUCUCCCCUUCCUCCUCCUCCUCGCCCUCCUCUACUCCAUCCCAGCCUAUCUGCUGGUCGGCCUGCACCCCUCCCUCUCCGCCUUCCUCUUCUUCCUCCUCGUAGUCUGGGCGGUGCUCGUGGUUGCCAACGCCAUCGUCGCCUGCAUUGCAGCCAUGGCGCCUGACUUCAUCACGGCUAACUCCAUGAUCGCUGGCCUCAUGGGGGCCUUCUUUCUCUUCUCAGGCUACUUCAUUGCCAAGAAGUACAUUCCCUCAUACUGGAUCUGGAUGCACUACCUGUCAGUCUUCAAGUACCCCUUGGAUGCGCUCAUAAUCAACGAGUACGGGAGCCACAGCGACACCACCUUUGGGCCUGCAGGCACAGGAGCCCAGAUUAUUGAUGCCGCAGGCUUGUCUGGGCACUCCAAGUGGCUUGACCUCCUUGUGUUAUUAGGUUUCGCUAUGACAUUUCGCAUUGCCUGUUACAUCUUCCUCCUUGCACAACGUACAACUAGAAGAUGAAAAACAUAUCAUAGAUUUGAUGUUUUCAAGUUCCAUCAUGAUGAAAUCGAAAGAUACCUUCGAUAUAUAUAUGCGCCACGAAUGUAUGUUAAGGCGCAUCAAUCUCA